CCGCGCCUCCUCACUCCAUCAGCGCUCUCUCUCUCCUCCAAAAUCCAUGGCUGCUCUCAAAAUCUAGAGCGAGAAAGCUACACACACGACUAAUAAUCCUGAUAUAAACGAAUCGAAGCGAUUACAGAUAUGGUUUUAGCUCAGCUCCCGAGGUUCCAUCUCUCCAUCUUCGCUAAAUCCCAUUUCUCUCUCGCCUCUUCGCAUUUCAUAAACCCUAACCCGCCGGUUAAACUAGCCAGAACCCUAUUCUCACUCCCGCCCAGAUCCAAUCUCGCCACGGUCGAACCCACACCGGCUUCAUCCGAUCUGGAAGAUGCUCCGGUGGAGAUUUCGCUCGACAGGCUUUUUAUUCCGCCGGAGACGGAUAUCUCCGGGGAAGACCCGUCGAGGCUGGCGGCUAGGAUACUGAAGGGCUCGAACAUAGUGCUGAGCAGGUACGCAAGGGACGCGCAGGUGGUUCAGGCUGACUAUGUGAAGAGCAGUGUCCGGACGGAGGAUUGUCCGGCCGAUGGGCUGCCGGAGUUUGCGCUUGUCGGGAGGUCAAAUGUCGGGAAAUCCUCGCUUCUCAAUUCGUUGGUUAAAAGGAAACGACUUGCCUUGACCUCUAAGAAACCUGGAAAGACGCAAUGCAUUAAUCAUUUCCGGAUCAACGACAAUUGGUACUUGGUUGAUUUGCCUGGCUACGGGUAUGCAACAGCACCGCAUGAACUCAAAAAAGACUGGAACAAGUUCACCAAAGACUAUUUCCUAAACCGAUCAACAUUAGUCUCAGUAUUUUUGCUAGUUGAUGCCAGCAUUCCUCCAAAGCAAAUCGAUCUCGACUACGCUAGCUGGCUUGGUCAAAACCAGGUUCCGAUGACUAUGGUAUUCACGAAAUGCGACAAGAGGAAGAAGAAGAAAAACGGAGGGAAGAGACCGGAGGAGAAUAUAAAGGAGUUCCAAGAUUUGAUCCAAGGGUUCUUUGAGACAACGCCACCAUGGAUAAUGACCAGCAGUGUGACAAACCAAGGCAGGGACGAGAUAUUGUUGCAUAUGGCUCAGCUAAGAAACUACUGGCUUAAACACUAAAGAACCCAACCACACUUCUUCUCCAGAUUAUUAUCAUUAAUAGGAAGGGGGCUUAUGUGUUGUCCAACAAAAAAGAAAAAAAGGAAGGAGACUUAUGUAACAAAGAACAACAAAAACAAACAGUUAGUGUAUCAUUUCUUUCUUUUUUUUUGGAACUUUUAGUGUAUCAUUUUUUGGGCAAUGUUAUUGAUUAGUGCAACGCUAA